GGCGCUUCCGCUUCCGGCGGUUGCCGCAGCGGCGAGCUGCGCAACGCGGCGAUGGCUGCAGGUGGCAGUGACCCGCGGGCAGGCGACGUAGAAGAGGACGCCUCACAGCUCAUUUUUCCCAAAGAGUUUGAAACAGCUGAAACACUUCUGAAUUCAGAAGUUCAUAUGCUUCUGGAACAUCGAAAGCAACAGAACGAGAGUGCAGAGGAUGAACAGGAACUCUCAGAGGUCUUCAUGAAAACAUUAAACUACACUUCUCGUUUCAGUCGUUUCAAAAACAGAGAGACCAUUGCCAGUGUUCGGAGCUUAUUGCUCCAGAAAAAGCUUCAUAAGUUUGAGUUGGCCUGUUUGGCCAACCUGUGCCCAGAGACUGCUGAGGAGUCCAAGGCUCUUAUCCCAAGUCUGGAGGGGCGGUUUGAAGAUGAGGAGCUGCAGCAGAUUCUUGAUGAUAUCCAGACAAAGCGCAGCUUUCAGUAUUAAUCUCCAGAUGUCCCUGUGCUGCUUGGGAGGACCAUGUUUCCAGCACAGCACCACUUUCCUGGGUCUGGGUCUGACUUGCACAGAAAUUCUAUUGCAGAAGACGUUUGGGCUUCUUUGGAGAAAACAUCCCAGCUUGCUGUCGGGUUAUGUUACUGUUUCAAAUGACUGUUAUGCCACAAUGACAUGUAAUCUUGGAGCAGCCUUGCAGUUUCCCUAGCAUGUCUCUGGGAACGGAUGACUGCCUCAUCUCAUGGUUUUGGCCCUCACAUCAUUUUUAACUUUUAAUACUUUGGGUUUUAAUUUCAGUGUGUUUAUACUUUUUGAAACUAGACCAGAACUUAAUUAAACUUGUAUAAGAAAGAGCAGUCUUACCAAGAUGCCAAAGGAAGAAUUAAACUGGUGUCAUUGUUUGAAAUUCUUUUCUUUUUUGAGAUAUAAUCUCACUAUGUCGCCCUCUGUAGAGUGCUUUGCCAUCACAGCUCACAGCAACCUCUAACUCUUGGGCCUAAGCCAGUGGUUCUCAACCUUCCUAAUGCUGCAGUUAAAAAGGGGUUGUGACCCACAGGUUGAGAAUUGCUAGCUUAAGCUAGCAGCCUCAGCCUCUCAAGUAGCUGGGGCUACAGGUGCCUGCCACAACACCCAGCUAUUUCUUUUUGCAGUUUUUGGCUGGGGCUAGGUUUGAACCCA